CCAGCCCCAGCACGCCUGCCCCAGAGCUCCCGUUGCUGAAGGGGCGGCGGCGGUCUUAAGUAGCCUCGCGAAGUAGAUGCGAGCGCGUAAGUGCAACAGUCGGCACCCACAUCCCACGUUUGUGACAUGCCAAACGUCUGGGCCUUGCCGCGUCGCCCCUCGCUGCCUUCACUGCGCCCCUGCCCCCCUCUCCCCCUCUCCUCGCCCUUCCCUUCGCGCCCCGCCCACCCCUUCUUGCUCCGCCCCGUUUCCAGGGAGCCGAACGGGGCCCAACGGCGCCGAACGGCGGAGGCGAGCGGAAACGAGCGAGCGCAGUCCAGCUGAGCUGACGCGAGGCUCUGGGCCGAGCGGGACGUACCCCGGCCUAGCGGCACAACCAACAGAGCGGGGCCGAGCUGAGCCGAGUGGAGCCGAGCUGGGUCGAAUAGGGUCGAGUGGAGCCGAGCGGGGCCGAGCCGAGCCGAGCCGAGCCGAGCCGUGCCCAGCGGGACUUAGCGGGGCGGAGCGCCGGGCCCGGGCUGUAGCCGCGGCCGCCGCCAUGAAGCGGGACCGGCUCGGUCGCUUCCUGUCUCCCGGGACGGCGGGGCAGCGCGGGGGCUCCGGCGGCGGCGGCGGCGGCGCCUGUGGCAGCGGCCGGACCCGUGGCCGCCCGGCCCGCAGCGGGCCGAGCGUGGACGAGGCUGCGGCCCUGGUGGCGGCUCGGCUGGGCUGGGGCCUGGCGCGGGCCCGCGGGGACACGGGCGAGGACGGCGCCGACGAGGCAGGAACAGGCCGGGCUCUUGCCAUGGGGCACUGUCGCCUCUGCCACGGGAAGUUCUCCUCACGGAGUCUCCGCAGCAUUUCUGGCAGGGCACCUGGGGAGAGCGCAGACAGACCACCCCCGGGGGAGCCUGUUUUCAUCAGGGACUUCCAGCACCUGCUGGGGGUGGCUGUCCACCAGGACCCAGCUCUGUCUCAGUUUGUCUGCAAGAACUGCCACGCCCAGUUCUACCAGUGCCACGGCCUCCUCAAGUCCUUCCUGCAGAGAGUCAACGUCUCCCCGGCGGGCCACCGGAAGACUUGCACAAAGGUCGGUGCCCAGCCCCCGCCAGGGGCAGAGGAGGGAGCGUGUCUGGUGGACCUGAUCACUUCGAGCCCCCAGGGCCUGCGCGACUUGGUAGCCUGGGUGCAUGGACACGCAGCCAGCUGCGGGGCCCUGCCUAGCCUCCAGAGGACACUGUCCUCCGAGUACUGCGGUGUUAUCCAAGCCGUGUGGGGCUGUGACCAAGGCCACGACUAUACCAUGGACGCCGACUCCAGCUGCGGGGCUCUUUUGCUGGACAGUGCGCUGGCAGUCAAAUGGACAUGGGACAAGGAGAUGGCCCCGUGGCUCACCCAGCAUCGGGGGUCCAACCCUACUGGGGCUGCCCCUCAGAGCUCCCAGGGCAGAGCGACCACAACUCCAGCCGAGACCGAGACCCUGCCCGGCGCGGACGCGGCCCCGCCUCCUUCAGAUGUCAACCCUGUAGGGCCUGGCCUGUGCCCCCCACCUCAGCCAAGCUUUCCCCCAAGUGGGGCCCCAGGGCGGUUGGGUGAGAAGCAGGUUCCGUCUUCAACCUCGGAUGAUCGGGUAAAAGACGAGUUCAGUGACCUUUCUGAGGGAGACAUCCUGAGUGAAGACGAAAAUGACAAGAAGCAAAGUACCCAGUCGUCAGAUGAAUCCUUUGACCCUUACCCAGAAAAGAAGGUCUCUGGUAAAAAGAGCGAAAGCAAAGAAGCCAAGAAGGCUGAAGAACCAAAAAUGCGCAAGAAACCGGGCCCCAAGCCGGGCUGGAAGAACAAGCUUCGCUGUGAGAGGGAGGAGCUGCCCACCAUCUACAAGUGCCCUUACCAGGGCUGCACGGCCGUGUACCGCGGGGCCGACGGCAUGAAGAAGCACAUAAAGGAGCACCACGAGGAGGUCCGGGAGAGGCCGUGCCCCCACCCCGGCUGUAACAAGGUGUUCAUGAUCGAUCGUUAUCUGCAGCGCCACGUGAAGCUGAUCCACACAGAGGUGCGGAACUAUAUCUGUGAUGAGUGUGGCCAGACCUUCAAGCAGCGGAAACACCUUCUCGUCCACCAGAUGCGCCACUCGGGAGCCAAGCCUCUGCAGUGUGAAGUCUGUGGGUUCCAGUGCCGGCAGCGGGCAUCCUUGAAGUACCACAUGACUAAACACAAGGCUGAGACCGAGCUGGAUUUUGCCUGUGACCAGUGUGGCCGGCGGUUCGAGAAGGCCCACAACCUCAAUGUGCACAUGUCCAUGGUCCACCCUCUGACGCAGACCCAGGACAAGGCCCUGCCCCUGGAGCCACCAUGCGGGACUACGGAGGGCCAGGCCGUGAAGCCUGAGCCCACCUGAACUCAGGCGGGUAAAUGGGGUUUAGACGGUUUCAAUAGUUCUUUCAUUUGAGACCUGAUGGCACAGCUUCGCCCGCUGCCCUGGAGCCCCCAUGCCGUGUCCCCUCACCUGUGUGUCAGGAGGGCACUGGACAGCAGUACGGUGAAGGGGGGGCUCACUGUGCAACUCCCGUAGCCUUUCCAGCGUCUGCUCUGGGACCAGCAUUUACCCACGAUACUGACCUUGGGGCCAGAUGGAUUUUAAAUCAUUGAUUCCUAUUCCCCACUAAAGCAAUCAAGGAGAUUUGUAAUCCACUUUCUAGUGCAAGAGCUCCGUGUUAUGCUCGUAAUAAAUUAUUUACAAAGGA